GAGCGGCGCGUCGGUCGGCGCCGGUCGGUCGGCUGGUCGGCCGCUGUGAGCCGGCAGUAGUGCGCCAGCGGCGGCCGCGGCAGGGUAGCGCUCCGCUCCGCUCGCACCGCGCCCUCCCACCGGACGAGAGCGGCGUGCGAGGGAGCGCCAGCCAGGACCGGGCGGCCGCAGCAGCUCGCGCGCACCGCGCCGCCAUGGCGCAGCCAGACGAGUGCGGCGAGAUCUUCCGCGCCAGCCAGCACACGCUGGUGAUCCCCGUGGGCCGGCUGGCGGCGGUCAGAGGCCGGGCUCGUGCAGCGGAGGACACUGACAGCGCGUCUCAGAGAGACCGGGUGACACAGACGAGCACCAUGUCGCGGUACACCUCGACGCGCGGCGAGCGGCGAGCCGGCCGAGACGGAGCGGCCACGCUGCCGCGCGCCGCCGGCCGCGCCGGCAUCCAGAUCAUCUGCAGGUACGACUCUGUGCCGGAGAGCGACGAGCCACCUGCGGCCAGCUGCCUGCGGCCCGCCGCCGCCGCGCCCGCCGUCGACAUCGGCGACUUCAGCAGCAUCGUCGAGAUCGACGGCGAUUGCGUCAUCAUCCACUCCCGGCAGGAGGAGGCGGCGGCGACGGCGGAGUCCGAGGCGGCAGCGACAGAAAUGCCAGGCGACGCAGAGGCCAGAGAAGAGGACGUGACCAGCUCAGAGGACGAGGAUGCUGCCUCCGAAGACGAACACAUCACCUCGGAGGACGAGGAAGCUGAUCACGAAGACGAUGACAUCGCCCCGGUCGCCCUGGGCACGCCGAUCUCGGAGCGUUGUCGACGUUUCUACGAGAGCCGUCUGCGGUCUCGCGCUGCGGCUCCGUCGUCUCUGGACUUGCCCAGUGACGGCGAGGACACGGACUGGGGACCGGGCAGCGUCGACAGCGGUCGCGAGAGCGGGCCAGACAGUGUCGGCGUCGGCGGCCGGCGAGUGGACACCAAACCGCCGCAGAAACCGGCCAGCUCACUGGCCAGGAAGAUGGCCCUGCUUCGACGAGAGAUGUGGUCUCUGAUGCACCAGGACGACGCGCUGUUCCGCCAACUCCUGGCGCUGAACGACUCAAUCGAGGCGCUGAAGAGAGCCGACACGAUGUCGCUCUCAUCUGCCUCCUCGCUCAGCUCUCUGCCCGAGCUGGCCGACGAGGAGACCUGCUCGCCCAGCUCGACCCUGUCCUCGACCAGCUCCGGACGUCAGAGCCAUCUGUCGGCAAACUCCGGCAACUACAUGCUCCUGAAGACCAAGUACCGGUCUCAGCCGCAGCUGACAGCCGAGCUGGUCGCCGGUGACGGGGCCAGCCGACUGACCGCCAGCCGGUCCUUUUCCGAGAUGUCGCCACCGUCGCUCCGCCAGACGUCGCCUCUGUCGCUGCGCCAGCUGGACAAGCUGAGACCGCCGAGCGGGCACAGAAAGCAGGCCUCAUAUGACUCUGGGAUAGCUGACCAAGAGCCCAGAGGAAACACCUGAACAAAGCCAGCGGUGAAAUAUCUGCCAAGACUAUCGGAAUAUCACAGACCGAUCCGAGAGCCGGUGAAAAGUCGUGGUCUUGGCAGGUGGACUGAUGCAGUUAUGGAAAGACGAAUCUUUCAGAAACGGCGUCGAGUCUGUUUCCGUUUGGUGGACCUCAGUGUGCACAUAUGUGUGUUUGUAUUUGCUCUGUGAUCUCAGCCGCCCGAGUUUGAUGUGUCGGCUAUUUGUGAAGACAGAAUGAGGCUUAGAGCUGUCCAGUAUUCAGUUUUGGUAUGCUGAAAUGCAUGGCUUGUAAGGCACGUACGAUUUAUUUAGUGUGACUUCUUUGAUGCUCUUGAUAUGUGCUGUUAGACAACGGGAUGCAUAAGCAGCUCUUCUGUUUUUUUUUUCAUUCACGUUAAGAUUAAUCAGUAGCUUUUAAACAACUGUAUUUUCGUGUGUGUCGUGACGGAAUAUUUUAUCUGCUGUUGGAGCCAGAGCGUGUCCAGGUGACUGAGAAUGUGUAUUGAAAAUAAAUGUUAAGAGCGUGCA